GUACUCGACGGCCGACAGUUGGCCUUAAAAAUAAGCGCUAACUCCGUAUAUGGCUUUACUGGUGCUCAAGUUGGAAAACUACCAUGUCUGGAAAUUUCUUCUGUAAGUAUUAAAUGGUAGUCUCCGAUCAUCAUCGUGAUCAACAGUCAUGAUAAUCGCUGUUUUUGUGUCGCUUCACUAUAUAUUGUGCAUAGACGGAAAUUAGCCAACACCAUGUUUUUCCUAAUAAAACUUCAGGGGUCAGUUGUACGAAGGCUGGAUAGUGAUUUUUUUAAACGUUGUAAAAAUGUGAUAAAACUACGAAUAUGUAUCCCACAUGCAAGUAAUAACAGGAAACUUUUAUAUGUACUAAUUUUUAUAUACUAAAGUUUAAUCUGGGUUGUAUAUCACUCAACGCCCAAUUUAAGAAAGCUUGAACCGCGGUCCCAGCUCUAUUGAAACUUCUGUUCAAUUCUACUCUGGGUGCAGACGUUUUUCCCAUAUAAAUAAUAGAUAUCUAUUAUUUCUUACACUUAUUAUACAUUUAUAAUUAUUGAAUAAGGUUGAGAAUGGUAUAAGACGGAUAAUACAAACUGAGGCAUAGGAAAUUGAAUGUUUGUAGUAUUAUACAUUGUAGUGACUUCUGAUUGGCCAAUAGUUUACAGCUAAAUGUCGUAAUCAUGCCACCUACAUAGCCAUAGGCCUAUAACAGUGUUAUCUGCUAGCAGAUAACAUUGUUAUCUGUAGGUUGAGCCAGCAGUAAUUUUAUAGCAAGAGGCAGUUUUAAGUACUGGUCACGAAUAAAAAAAAAAGAACAGCAUGCAUGAAUGCAUGAACGUGCUUUAUCACAAUGCUUCCACAGUACACAUACAAGAACAAAGUUUCUUUCAAACGUCAUGACAUACACCAUUUACAUACGUCGUUCGUAUUUUAGAGUGUUACUGCAUUUGGAAGAAUGAUGAUCGAUAAAACGAAAGAACUCGUGGAAGAGAAAUACACCAUUGCAAAUGGGUACAAGCACGAUGCAAAGGUACACUAUCCGAUCUGUCACCGUAAAUUCUCAAUUAUUAGUACUCCCUUCAGUCAGAUCCUUCUCUUAUAAGAACCUGGCGUGCUUUAGAUAAUUUACAAUAUAUCUUGAAAAGAAGUCACUUUACAAUACACUUGCAAACAUACGAUAUUGUGCUCUUUCAAGUGACGUCACGACACGAACAAGAAGAGUUAUAAUGGUCCACAGCUGUUUAGUAGUUGCAUGGUUGAAUAAAAUAUUUUGUCACCUAAAAUGGCGGAUUACUUUUGAUGAUACGUCAUACUGCAAGAACUGAAUAGGGCAUUAAUUAGACGUGUGACCUCACUGUAAAACAAUUUUCAAAACAACCAACACAUAAAUAAGCCGAAAUCGUAUUUUACAUACUAGAAAUACAUCCAUGCAACAACCCCUCGCCUAUAUUUUCCAAGCAUUGUUUCAACAUGAAGUAUUCGUAAUUACGCCAACACUGAACGCAGGCUCGCGUUGCCACGUCAUGUUAGUCAUGGCAACACCAUAAUUGGGUUUUUUUAAUUUUUCGUACAAACCUGCAAAAAACAGUCAAUUCCUAAAAUAUAUAAAGUAGGUAUAUUAUUUUGGUUUCUAUGGACUUUAUUUUAAUGUAAAUUUCAAAACGAAACUCUACGUAAAAGUUUUUAAAUGUGAAUUGAAAUUAACUGCUUUUUGCCGAUAUUUAUAAACUCUUCAACUCGAGCUUCAACUUAUUACUCCACUUUGAAAUGAAAUAAAUUUAAUUCGUACAGCACGCUAAUGAAACUAAUUUGCUUUUUUAUCAUGAACUUCUACAAAAGUUAAUUUAACAAAGAAACUUUCACAAACAAUGCAUAGGAAAUACUUGAACAACAACAACAAAGUCUAUAUUAAUACAAACUAAGUCAUACAUAAACAUUUGAAACAAACUUACCUUAUACUUUAGGAUUUCUCAUACUAAAUCAAUUCUUAUAAAUGUUUACGUUUAAAAAUUAAAAAACGUUUUACAAUUUGUUAUGUGAAACGAUUUUUCAAGCUUUCAUUAUGUAUUUUUUAUAUUUUUGCCUUCACUCUUGGCAAACAGCUAUAUUUUGAGAUCAGUGAGAUGACCACCCACCCAACACCGAACCACGCACGGUAACCUACGCCCGCGAUCAUUCAUGAACUUUAGACUUCGCUAAUGCUUUCGUUUCCCCGAGUGUAAAUAGCCGGGCGGAAUUAGUACCCUCGCCCCGGGCUUACGCCCGGAACGGCGCUCCGCGCCGUUGGCUCGGGGAUGAAUAUUUAAUGAAGCAAAUAAUAUUUGGUAACAUCCUUAAAAUCCUGUCGAAUUAUAUCCACGACUCAACGUUUCAACACUCCGCUAUAUAUAUAUAGUAACCUUUAGACUUGGUUCAAGUCCGUCUCUCAAGGGGUUGAAAAUAGCGAUGCAUGCAAACGGUCAAAAAAGGCGCGAAAAUAUGAGAGAAAAGUAGGGAGAGACGGACUUGGAUACCCUGCAAGCGCGCCAAAUUUUACGGUCGGAUUUUUCCUACGGAGGCCAGUUGAGAACAACAACAAAUUUUCGCGCCAAUUUUUGCAACUAACAUUCGAAAUGCUGCGAAUGUCCCAAGUCCGUCUUUCCCUAAUUUUCUCCUGAGACGCACUUGAACCAAGUCUAAGUAACCUUAUGCAUCGGAGUUUCGUCCAUAACUGAGAAUAAACUUUCAAUUUCAACCCUGUAUAUACCGUACCUGCAUGCGCAUCAUCAUACAACAGAGCAUCGUAUAUCCUCUAUAUUUCUCUGUAUUUAUUAUAUUUGGUCAUUUCUGAACUUGAAAUACGGGAAAGCCAUAAAUCUGAACUUGAAAUACGGGAAAGCCAUAAAUCUGAACUUGAAAUACGGGAAAGCCAUAAAUCUGAACUUGAAAUACGGGAAAGCCAUAAAUCUGAACUUGAAAUACGGGAAAGCCAUAAAUCUGAACUUGAAAUACGGGAAAGCCAUAAAUCUGAACUUGAAAUACGGAAAAGCCAUAAAUCUGAACUUGAAAUUCGGGAAAGCCAUAAAUCUGAACUUGAAAUUCGGGAAAGCCAUAAAUCUGAACUUGAAAUUCGGGAAAGCCAUAAAUCUGAACUUGAAAUUCGGGAAAGCCAUAAAUCUGAACUUGAAAUACGGGAAAGCCAUAAAUCUGAACUUGAAAUUCGGGAAAGCCAUAAAUCUGAACUUGAAAUACGGGAAAGCCAUAAAUCUGAACUUGAAAUACGGAAAAGCCAUAAAUCUGAACUUGAAAUUCGGGAAAGCCAUAAAUCUGAACUUGAAAUUCGGGAAAGCCAUAAAUCUGAACUUGAAAUUCGGGAAAGCCAUAAAUCUGAACUUGAAAUUCGGGAAAGCCAUAAAUCUGAACUUGAAAUACGGGAAAGCCAUAAAUCUGAACUUGAAAUACGGGAAAGCCAUAAAUCUGAACUUGAAAUCGGGAAAGCCAUAAAUCUGAACUUGAAAUCGGAAAGCCAUAAAUCUGAACUUGAAAUUCGGGAAAGCCAUAAAUCUGAACUUGAAAUACGGGAAAGCCAUAAAUCUGAACUUGAAAUACGGGAAAGCCAUAAAUCUGAACUUGAAAUUCGGGAAAGCCAUAAAUCUGAACUUGAAAUACGGGAAAGCCAUAAAUCUGAACUUGAAAUACGGGAAAGCCAUAAAUCUGAACUUGAAAUACGGGAAAGCCAUAAAUCUGAACUUGAAAUACGGGAAAGCCAUAAAUCUGAACUUGAAAUACGGGAAAGCCAUAUAGUAUCUCCAUUGAUGAUUCCAGCUACAGAAGAAAUAUUGAUCUAGACAAGAAGAACGAAAUGCAUUACCAUAGCUGGAAAAAGCAUCUUAUAAUGAGUAAAAUUGCAAAGUUUGGUUGCGAAUUGUUGUAAAAUGAGGAAAAUAUAUCCCUGUGAAGUUCGCUAAUUUUGUAUAUAUUUGUAUUGCGCGGGGCAUUUUUGAGCCGAAAGUGAUUUUUUUACCGCGCGUAAUACGGUACAAAUAUAUACAAAGUUUGCGAACUUCACAGGGCUAUAUUUUCUUCAGUUUACAACAUUUAUUAGCAACCAAUCUUUGCAGUUUUAUUCAUUGACGCUCUUUCUAGCUGUGGUGUUGGAUUUCGUUCUUCUUGCCUUGAUCAAAAUUUAUUCUAUAGCUGGAAUCACCCACUCAUGCAAGACUGUACUGAAUACUAAUAUUUCCUCAAUUCCCCUUUCUUUUUCUAUAUUUCUUGUCCUGCAGGUAUAGUGCUUUGCAGCUCAUGUGGAAAUUGAAUUGGAAGUGUGCACAAUUUCAGGACUUUGAUUUCUUAUGUAUAGGUUAUAUAUGGUGACACAGACUCCGUUAUGGUAAAGUUUGGUACAGAAACUGUUGGAGCAAGCAUGGAGCUUGGAAAAGAGGCUGCCUCUUACGUGACAUCUCAUUUCGUCCAACCAAUCAAACUUGAGUUUGAGAAGGUCUGUUUUCCAAUUUUAUUGCUUGUAUGUGGUGUUUUAAAAAAGUAGACAAUCUUCAAAUGUUCCGCAAAUUUUAUGUGAAUAAAUGUUGUUUAAAAUUUAACUACUGAAUGCGAAAGGGCUGUUUUGCCAACCAUUUAAAUAACUUGCGCACAAGAAUGGAAGGUUUGAUUUGCGAUUCUAAUUAAUACUUCACUCCAGAUCUGACUUUCACGUCUCACUGGUUCAGUAAUCAGUGCGCAUCUGAUUGGUUAAUUGGGAAGAUUAAACACAUCUGAUUGGUUAAUUGUCUCUCACAAGUAUUGGUAUAGUGAAAUUCUAACUGAACCUCUCUAGGAUCGUAACUGAAGCCGUAACAGGCGAGGAAAAAUGUCAAGCAAAAAUAAAAUAUCAACACCAUCAAAAGUGAUUGUUUAUAAACCAUCUUGACCGCAUUAUCGGCAACCAGGUUUAAUAUCAGACAAGUUGCAUUAGGGAUAGAUCGAUUUUAUCGUCAUAUUUUCAUUCAUGAUUAUCAUCGAAGGUGGAAACUUAGCGGGAGUGUCGAAAUGUUGGGUUGUGAAUGCAACACGCCCUUUUGAUAAUUAUGAAAACAUGUAUAUUAACAUUAAAUUAACCACAUUAAUAAAACAUUAAAUAAGUUAAAUAUUGGGUUUGAGUGAUCUGAUAAGCUAUCCUAGGAUGUAUUUUUGUAACUUGUACAAACUGAACUUGUACUUGGCGGCGAUACGCUGCUAUUCAGUCGGGACUUUAUUUAUUAUAGUUGUAACAAAUGAUGUAUUUUUCUUUACAUUCACUGCAUGUUAACACAUAAAAUGUGCAGAAUUUAAACUUUAUCGCCGUAUUUUACCAUAAUUCGGAACCGCUACAGUAAUAAAGAACAAGUUACAGCAAAUGACAAAAGCGGAAUGGAUAGGUUCUUCUAUUUUGAUUGUAAACAAGGGCGUACAACACUAAAACUAUUACAUUUUAUUUCAAGGUGUAUUUCCCGUAUCUUCUAAUCAGUAAAAAGCGGUAUGCAGGAUUGUAUUUCACAAAGCCUGAAAUACAUGAUAAAAUGGAUUGCAAGGGAAUAGAGACGGUAAAUGUUUUCUACUUGUUUAAUGUUUUUUACUUUGUUUAAUAUUUUCUUGUUUUUUUCUUUUUUUUUCAAGAAAUAACAUUGUCCUGUAAUAGGUGGCAACCUGAUUUAAAGGGCAUAUGACUCGAAAAUUGACGGUGUUAUUUUUUAGUCUAAUUUGAAAGAUCAUUGAAAACUGUAGAGUAACUUCUUUGAUAGAUUUUUGUUUUCUUGCUUCGUUUUUGAAGAUAUUUUAAAUUGUAUGAUCUGCAAAGGACCAACUUCCUACGUCACACAUGCAUAAUGAUUUAGCCCUUAAAGCUGUAUAUCUUUAAUACGACUAAACACAAUCAGUAGAAAACUUACAUGGGUGUUGUUGCGGACAAAUCUCGUGCUCAUCAUUCAUUUUGUAAUUAUGCAUGUGUGACGUAGAAAGUUGGUCCUUUGCAUAUCAUACAAAAUGAAAUAUCUUCAAAACCAAGCAAGAAAACAAAAGUCUGUCAAAGAAGUUACUCUACAGUUUUCAAUAAUCUUUCAAAUUAGACAAAAAAUGACAACGUAAAUUUGCGAGUCCCUUUGAGCACCUAGUUGUCAACGUUUGGAGACUAGUUGUCAAUAGUUGGUAUACUGAUUUAUGUGAUAUUUUGUCAUUUCAGGUUCGACGAGACAAUGCCCCAUUAGUUGCCAGUCUGAUCGGCAAUUGCCUGCAGAAAAUUCUCAUUGACAG